GGGGUAAGCAUAAGCUUUGCCUGUCGAGUUCAGUUUGUGUUUGUAUACGGGUCGGGGUUGUGAAGCUCAAUAUUGCAUAAAUAAGUUAUGUUUCAACCAUCACAAGUGAGAAUUAGAUAAACAAUAUAGCGGAUAUAUAGCGGAGCCGGUCGGUGCGACGAUAGCGAGAGCGAAACGAUAGAAAGAAGUAAAUGCAGAGGAGCCACAACCAAAUACAACGAACAUAUUAGUCGUAGUCGAGCGACAGCAACUGUACUUCUUUCAAUUCUAACCUUAAACAUUCAACACAGUGCUGUUAUUUCUGUAAGUUAUUGGAUUUGCAUUGGUGUAUAUCUGUAUUAGACGAUGUAUUCAAGUUGAAUUUGUUGUAUACUUAAAACAGUUGCUGUAACGUUAUUUGUGUUGUUAUUGUCGGAAUGUCGGAUUUCUACGAGUGUUAAGAAAGUUGAUAAUAGUUCAAAUUGGUUAUUUGGUGUUUCUGUGCUUUGGUAUAGUGCCAAUGAUUAAAAAGAAGACGUUCUCAUAGAUGAUGGAAUGACGUGAAGUUGGAGAAAGGUCAGGGCGGAAGGUAGGAGGAAGGCAGACGGAAGGCGAGGUAGAAAAGCGAGGAUCGGCAUCAGCUGCAGCUGCGGCGGCUUCGGCUUGGCGGUGACGUCAUGAAGCGGCCGGUGUCAUCAAUGUUCGCGGCGAUGCUCGCCCAAGUAGCUUUGGUAUCAUUGGUGUCGUCGGCCAGUGACAUAAUAAGAACUUUCUCCGAUUCCAAAGUUCAGGCGUUCAAUCACUUGGUGGUCGACAAAAACACCGGUCGCGUUUACAUCGGCGCCGUAAAUCGGCUGUAUCAGCUUUCGCCCGAUCUGGAUCUGGUCAUCUCGGAGGUGACCGGACCGAAAAUGGACGCCGACGAUUGUUCCGUAUUGGAAUGCACCAGUUCUGUAAAUAAGAAAUUAACCGACAACGUGAACAAGGCGUUGGUAAUCGAUUACACAACCACCAGGUUGAUAUCUUGCGGAAGUCUAUCCCAGGGGAUUUGCUCGGUGAGGAAUUUGCACAAUAUAUCGGACGGAACGAAUGAAGUGAAGGAGGCGGUGGUCGCAAAUAACGCGACCGCCUCGACUGUGGCUUUCAUCGCACCCGGUCCGCCGAAUCCUCCCGUCUCGCAGGUGAUGUAUGUGGGUGUGACUUUCACGCUGGGCUCGCCCUACAGAUCUGAAGUUCCUGCGGUCAGCAGCAGGUCCCUGGACAAAGAAAAGAUGUUCACCAUCGCCCAGACCGCGGUCACCACCGGAACGAGGAUGUUCGUCAACUCCCUGGCCAGGGAGCGUUACCCGAUCACCUACGUCUACGGAUUCUCCUCGGAAGGCUUCAGUUAUUUUCUGACGACGCAAAUGAAACACACCUCGUCCACGCAGUACAUCAGCAAAUUGGUGCGCGUCUGCCACGACGACGAAAACUACUAUUCCUACACUGAAAUCCCAAUGGAAUGCAAAUCGGAGGACGGCAAAGAAUAUAAUCUGGUGCAGGCCGCCUACGUGGGCAAGGCUGGCUCAGAUUUGGCCUCCGAUUUGGGAAUUACGGCCCAGGAUGACGUCCUCUUUGCAGUGUUCAGUGAAAGUGAUCCGGUGAUUGCGAACAAGCCCUCCGACAUAUCCGCUUUGUGUGUGUACUCCCUCAAAUCAAUUAGACGAAAGUUCAUGCAGAACAUCAAAACCUGCUUCAGCGGCAAGGGUCAACGCGGGCUCGACUUCAUCUCUCCCAGCCAUCAGUGCGUUCCAACGAAGCUGCAAACAAUUGGAGAAGACUUUUGUGGAUUGGACGUGAACACGCCUCUGGGUGGUGAACAGCCCGUAUCAGCCGUACCUGUUUUACUUUUCGGCACCCGUCUAACGGCGGUUGUUGCCACGUCCACCGGGGACUUCACUGUCGUUUUCAUAGGCACGUCCACUGGCCAUUUGAAAAAGGUGGUUGUCGAGUCAUCUACGUCAGCUUUAGAAUAUGGAGAUCUGAAAGUGGAGGAGAACUCACCCGUUAAUCCCGAUUUACAUUUUGACUCGCAACUCAUGCAUCUAUACGUUAUGACUGAACGCAAGGUUUCAAAAGUAAAAGUGCAGGAAUGCACAGUGUAUAGAAACUGUUUAGAAUGUUUGGGAGUGAAGGAUCCGUACUGUGGAUGGUGCUCUCUAGAAAAUAAAUGUAGCCUUCGAUCGGAUUGUCAGGACGCAGCCAAAGAUCCCCUCUACUGGAUCAGUUACAAAAGCGGCCGGUGUACGACAAUUACAUCCGUUAUACCGAAUCAAUUGCAAAGGACAACUGCCCGAACGUUGGAUCUGGUUAUCGACAAUUUGCCCAGUCUUACGGGACAUUUUUUAUGCGCCUUCACGGCGCUGGACAAAACUUUGGUAACGAAUGCCAGCAGAAAGGGAUCGGGCGUAAACUGCACCACUCCAAGGACUGACACUUUGCCUUCGAUACCGCCCGGACAACAUCAUUUCACGGCAAAACUGUCUGUUAGAAUGACAACAGGUCCAGACUUCGUAGCAACGAAUUUUACAUUUUUUGAUUGCAAUACGUACAGUUCGUGUACUCAGUGUGUGUCUUCAUCGUUUCCGUGUGACUGGUGCGUAGACGGACACAGAUGCACCCACGAUACAGCUGAAAAUUGUAGAAACGAUAUUUUGGUGACAGGAGUUAGUCGUGCCGGUCCCAGUUACAGAUCGGGCCCUGCCUUUUGUCCGACCAUCAAUUCUACAGUAGGAAAUUCGCCUGAAAUAUUGGUAGCGUCUGGCAUAAAGAAAGCAAUCAAAGUUAAAGUGCACAUCAUAGGGCAGUUCAUAGUACAGACAAGGUUCGUAUGCCAGUUCAACAUUGAAGGUCGUGUAACAAGUGUCAAUGCCCAAUUAUUGGGCGACACAAUUUACUGUGACUCGAUGGAAUUUUCUUACACAUCCCGUGCACCGAACAUCACCGCCACGUUUGCCGUUAUAUGGGGAGGUUCUAAACCGCUGGACAAUCCGGAUAACAUUCACAUCGUAAUAUAUCGUUGUCGCGACAUGGCCGACAAUUGUGGUAUAUGCCUUGCCCUAGCGGAGAAAUACGACUGCGGCUGGUGUCAAAGUUCGGACAGAUGCGAGGUGAAAGAUCAGUGCGAAAGAGGCUCAAUGGUGUGGCUCAACAGGAGCCAAACCUGCCCGAAUCCUGAAGUCACGUCGUUUAGUCCCGAAUUAGGACCGUGGGAAGGUGGAACCAACAUCACCAUCAGGGGCGUAAAUUUGGGCAAAUCAUUCCAAGACAUUUACACGGGAGUGAGCAUAGCGGGAAUCAACUGUCAACCUUACGAACAUCUUUACGUAAAAACGAAGCAGAUCGUUUGUAAAGUGGAUGGGCCGGGAACCAACGAACCCCGUCACGGACAAGUCAUCGUACGCGUCGAGGAUUACCGUGGUGAAUCCAAAACGCAGUACCGAUUUGUCGAUCCCUCAAUUAAAAGCAUAUCGCCGAGGUAUGGACCACAGUCGGGCGGCACGAUGCUACAAAUAACGGGUGAAUUUAUGAACGCCGGCAGUAAUAUACAGGCAUUCCUGGACGACCUACCUUGUAGGAUCGUGUCGACGGAACAGUACCAGGCUCUGUGCGUGACCAGUGCUUCGGAUAGGACGGCGAGAAGGACGCUUAAAAUGAAAUUCGACAAAGGUGACAGAAGUUUCGAAGACGUCAAAUUCGAAUACGUCGAAGAUCCGGUUAUAGAGUCGGCCGAAUCCGGUGCCGCACACCCCACCAAGGUACCUAAAGGUAUUCCGGCUGGAGGUAUAAAGAUAUCAGUGACCGGAAAACAUUUCCAAUCGAUACAAAAACCCCAAAUGUACGUGUUUUAUGAGCAGAAAAUGUUCAUCAGCGAAUGCAACGUCAUCAGCAACACCAGCAUGAUUUGUCUUAGUCCGGUGAUCGAGGCCGACGAGGAUAAACUUGAUGCGGAUAAUCCUUUGAAGUUGGAAUAUGGUUUUAGAAUGGAUAACGUUACGAGAGUUCAAAAUCUGACGGAAAACAAUCAAUUUUUACCCUUCGAUUUGUUCCCGAAUCCGGUGUUCUUCCCCUUCGACAAGGAGGUUAAAUAUUACAAGUCUGAAUAUUUGAAUAUAAACGGUCAAAACAUAGACAGAGCCUGCCAAGAAUCUGAUGUGGAAGUUAGAAUUGGAACGAGCUUUUGUAACGUCACGUCGUUAUCUAGACAACAAUUAACUUGCAGACCUCCCGAAACUCAACCCCCAGCUCUGGACGAAUCCGGUAAUGGAGAUGUAGAGGCGCUUCCGGAAGUGAUAGUCAUCGUGGGCGGUUCGCUUCGAUUUAACAUCGGCCAACUGUCCUAUUCGUCUCCGCAAGGACUUAAUGGUCCCCUAUCCAAUGCUACGGCAAUCGCCUUCAGCGUUAUAGGAGUGGUUAUCUUCUUCGUCUUCAUCAUAUUUUUGAUUGCGUAUAGAAGGAAGUCAACCGAAAGUAACAGGGUCUUAAAGAACAUGCAGGAGCAGAUGGACAUCCUCGAAUUGCGUGUGGCGGCCGAAUGCAAAGAGGCCUUCGCCGAAUUACAAACUGAAAUGACAGAUUUGACUGGAGACUUGACGUCCGGAGGCAUACCUUUCUUGGAUUACAGGACAUAUGCCAUGAAAAUUCUGUUUCCAAAUGUCGACGAUCACAUAGUUUUACAAUGGGAAAGACCCGAAUUGCUAUGCAAAGAAAAGGGAUUGCGACUCUUCGGCCAGUUGAUAAUGAACAAGACGUUCCUCUUGCUGUUCAUCAGAACUUUGGAGAGCAACAGAUAUUUUUCUAUGAGGGAUCGUGUUAAUGUUGCGUCCCUUAUUAUGGUCACGUUGCAAAGUAAAAUGGAAUAUUGUACGGAUAUUUUGAAGACCUUGUUGGCUGAGUUGAUCGAGAAAUGCAUGGAAGGCAAGAGCCAUCCGAAAUUGCUGCUCAGAAGAACCGAAAGUGUGGCCGAAAAGAUGCUGAGUGCUUGGUUUACAUUCUUGUUGUAUAAAUUUUUGCGGGAAUGUGCCGGUGAUCCGCUAUUCAUGUUGUUCAGAGCAGUCAAACAACAAGUCGAUAAAGGACCCGUAGAUGCCAUCACUUCGGAAGCCAGAUAUUCACUCAGUGAAGAGAAGCUUAUCAGACAAUCAAUAGAUUUUAAGCCUAUGACGGUGUACGUGUCGAUUUCCCAACAAACAGGAUUUGUGGGAAGUCUGGAUCACAACACCGACAACGUUCCCGUUAAAGUGUUGGAUUGCGAUACGAUCAGCCAAGUUAAGGAAAAAUCGUUGGACACAAUUUACAGGGCAACGCCAUACUCGCAAAGACCAAGAAAAGACGAUCUCGAUUUGGAGUGGCGUACGGGUACGUCAGGAAGAUUAAUUCUCUAUGAUGAGGAUAGCACCACUAAAGUGGAGGGAGAUUGGAAGAGAAGGAAUACCUUGCAACAUUAUAGAGUACCUGAUGGUGGUUCGCUUAAUCUAGUGUCGAAACAAAGUUCAAUUUAUAAUUUAAAUAUAUUUUCCGAGAAGAAUGAUAAAUCGCACAAGUACGAAACGUUGAACCAUAGCAAGUUUAGUUCUGUCAGUCCGCCGCUCAGCAGAGCAACGAGUCCCUUGAAUCACGAUCAAGAUCAGGGCUACAAGGUGUGGCACUUGGUUAAACAUCACGAUAACGAUAAUCAGAAGGAGGGAGAGCGUGGUAACAAAAUGGUCUCUGAAAUUUACCUGACCAGGCUGUUGGCAACAAAGGGUACGUUGCAAAAGUUCGUCGACGAUUUGUUCGAAACAAUAUUUAGUACUGCACACCGCGGAUCAGCUCUCCCGCUUGCCAUCAAAUAUAUGUUCGAUUUUCUCGAUGAUCAAGCAUUACAACACGGAAUCUCCGAUCCUGAAGUGGUACAUACAUGGAAAAGUAAUUCAUUGCCACUUCGAUUUUGGGUCAAUCUCAUCAAGAAUCCAAAUUUCGUGUUCGAUAUACACAAGUCAAAUAUAGUGGAUUCUUGUUUAUCUGUUGUUGCUCAAACAUUUAUGGAUUCCUGUUCAACAUCUGACCAUAGAUUAGGAAAAGACUCGCCAAGUUCGAAACUUUUGUAUGCAAAGGACAUUCCGGCAUACAAAGAAUGGGUAGAUAGGUAUUAUUCUGAUAUUAAAAACAUGCCUGCCAUCUCAGAUCAAGACAUGAACGCCAUGCUAGCGGAGGAUUCUAGGCUGCACACGACGGAGUUCAACACGAAUUGUGCGUUACACGAACUGUACAACUACGCAGUGAAAUACAACGAGCAGUUGACCGUGACGUUGGAGGAGGACGAGUUCUCGCAGAAGCAGCGUCUGGCCUACAAGCUAGAACAGGUUCAUAAUAUAAUGGCGGACCAGGGGCAACCGUGAUACUGGCCUGACCUGACGUGUCCGUCGGCCCCACCCAUUUCGCCAUUGGUACCAUCGGCACCUCAGGAACUGGCUUGCUGAUAAAUAUUACAUGCCAAUUAUACAUAUCCAUCAGACUAACUAACUAAACUACUAAACUAACUUUUCUCUGUGUUAAUCAAUUGCGAAUUGCUGUUGUGCAAUUACCUAAUUGUUCAGUGUGUAAAUUGUGGGCGGGAUGGUGCUCACUCAGUGACUUCAAGUGCCUCUGGUAGAUGAUUGAGUGCAGUGCCCUCUCCGACAAAUGAGUGUACUAUAUUUUUAUGAUAAUGAUAUUAAGAAAUAAUAUUGCUUUGCCGUGCUGAGUUUCAGUCUUGGUCCAUGAUUUCGUGACUCCAUGGCUCCAUGCCGUGCACCACCACCAGCUAAGCAAAUUAGAAAAACACCAAUUUGGCAGAAACAGGAACAUUAAAAAUAUCUAAGUGCGUUAAUGAAUGCACACAUUUCAAUAUUAGUUUGUGGUGAUGGACAGUAUAAAGAGCCCCGACCCCUAUAUUAUCGAUAUUACUAAAAAUAUCAAUUCUUCAAUGCUUUUUUGAUAUUUGUAUAAUGAUUGUACCUUUAUACAGUUUAAUAUUUUUAUAUUUAGUUGAACGCAAUCAUUACGAUUGUCUUCCGCGAUGAUGGAAGCACCAGGGUGUAGUGUUUAUUAGCGACCUUUCAAUCAACCUAUACAUACAUACUAUGCACAAGGUCGUUUCAAUGUGGUUUGUGUAUGUGUUAUAAGGCUGUGUACAACAUUUCUACUGUAAGCGAACCAGCGAUUCAGCGUAUAAGUUGCUGCCUAUGCUCCUAUACUCCUAUACUCCUAUACUCCUAUACUCCUAUACCUAACCUAUUCAUUCAUGUUUUCUCCACCCCUCUUUUCUCUCUCUCUCUGUCUCUCUGUCACUUUUCUCUCUUUCUCUCUCUUUCUCUUUCUAUAUUUCUCUCCCGCCCGUCUUCUUAUUCCUAUCGGAAUCUCGAUUAGCCUACGCAAUAUUCAAACGACAAUUCACUGAUCCAGUUUCGAGAAUGUUUUUUGUUAAAGGGAGAGACAUAAUUGCAUCACACCGAUUUCCUCUAUUAACUAUUAAUCUCACACAGUGUUGUUUGUCAUUGUCAAAGAAUGCAGGCCUACGUUUUCAGACACCAAAGCAAUUCAUGGACAAUAUGAAUUGUAGAAAUUUUCGUAAAAUGUAAAUGUACAGGUGUGUUUAAGAUGUGGCGAAAACGCUAAAUAUUCCCUUUAAACUAAACUGUUUUGCUGUUGAGUUCAAUGUGACCAGUAUAUUGCUUGCGUAAGUGUGACUCACACUGUAUAGUAAAUUGUUGUUAAUUUGUAAUCUAUUAUUGAAUAUAUCGCAAUAAAAAUUUACCAUGGAGGUGUGUAUGUACGUACAUUAUGUCAUUCUUUAUUUAUUUAAUGUGCAAUAUAUAAUACAUCGCUAGACAUGCUUGUAAUUCAUUAAGUAUUCCACUAAAAAGAGUACAUAUUUAUAUAUAUACAUAUAUAUGUAUUUGUUGUGUAUACAUAUAUAGAUAGAUACGUGGUUCAGAAUGCCGAUUAUUUUAUAACAAAUCUUUAUAUUCUAUAAACUCUUUAUAUUAUAUUAAUUACUAACUAAUUUUAUUAUAUUUUUAACCAUGAGAAAGUAUAAUAUAACGUUCCAAAUGUUUUUAUAUUGUUCUUAUCAGUUAGUGUAUCAAGUAUUUAUUUAGUUUAUAAGUUAUAGAUCCUUCAUUACGUGGUUGUAAUAAGCGUUUUAAUGCUAGUCCUUGAACAAUAUGAAAAAUAUUUUAUACAACUAUUAUAGAACUAAAAAAACGUAUAUAAUACAUUCCGAUUUAGUGAGAAUUGUACUUUUUAUACAUUUAUCGUAUAGAAUAUGUUUUAUUUAUCGAUCCUUUAUUGAAUUGGUUCAUUACAAAUAGAAACGAUGACGGUGACGAUGACGAUGACGACGACGACAACGACAACGACAUUCGUACUUCGCUAUCGACCAUUUCGUUAUUUGAAUUUAUUCCAAAAUAUCGUCAAAUCACAUUUGACACAUUUGAAGUUUUAUAAGAGAUGAUUGACGGAUGAUGAAUGAUGAUAUGUUGUGUGUUUUUUCGAAUCGACCUUAAGUGGAAUACUUAUUGAAACAACGAUCUUAUUUAAAUUGUAAUCUUAGUUCUGUAGUCCUGUAAAUAGUAAUUUCAGGAUGUUUAUCAACCCAGGCAGCACAGGACAUAAAAAUGUCCAAGAAUAUUUUACAAUAAUAACGUUCUGCUUAAUUUUUGAAUAUCUGCAUAUACAAUGAAUAUUACAGAAAAUUCUCGUUAGUGUGUAGUAUUGUCGAUGUUAAGACCCAAUGAAUAUAAGUCUCUAAUUGUCAGUAAACUAAUAGAUAGAUUUGGGGCACAUAUAGAGAUUUGCUGUUAAAUUGGGUUAAUUAGGUUAGGUAAAUAAUCAAUUUUAUAUACAUAAAUGUUCAGUGGAUAUGCAUGCCAUAUGCAGAUGUUACCUUAGAUAUAUUUUUUCUUACAAACAAACAAAUUGUGUGUCCGAUUUUUAUUAGAUACUGAACACCAAUGUAUCGAUUCAUCAAUACAAGAACAAAUUACAUACAAUUGCACCUUUGUAUGAUUGAUUGUUUUUCUUAUCAUUAAGCAGAAUGUACAAACCACCAAAACACAACAAUCGUCUUUUAUGUGCCGGUGCCAAAUUCAUUUAUUUAAUGUUGUUACUUCACCAUCUAGUUCCUUUUUCGAAAUCGAAUUAGCAUUAUUAUUAUUAAUUUUAUUAUUAUUUUUAUUGUAUAAUUACCUAACAAACAACCAAUAGGUACGUACGGUACCGUUGAUUUGUAAAAACCUGUCGUAAGAUGUGUCAUAAUAGCUUUAUACAAUUGUAGAAAAUAAUGGAUAAAUUGUGGAAUGAAAUGCUUGUUCGUGCUUGGUUUGUUUGUAUCAUUUUAUAGUCGUAAACAAGUAUAUUCUAUGGAUAUUGUGUUGUUUGGGAAGAAGAAAUCUACAACUAUGUUUAGGGAACAAUAACAUAUAUUUUUAAUUAACUUUUUUAAAAACUGAUUGUCUUUUAAUACGAAAAAUAUCAAAUUCACCGUCCUUAAUAUCGGAACAAAAAUCCUCAAAUUAGCUUACGGACAGCUACGCAAAUCUAUCGAGUCCAGUUAGGCAUUUUUUUUUCUAUUAUUUAUCAAUCCUUAUAUAAAUUUUAUGUUUUUAUUUUUAUUAUUUAAGUUGUGUAUAUAAAAUUUUUAUGCCAAAAAAUUUGCUUCUGGACAAUUGCAUAGUAAGAAUUGUAAAUAUUAAAUGUGAGUACGUAUGUUUGUUUGAAUGAAUGAACAUUUUUAUGGAUGCAUAUAUGUUUGUAUGUUUGCACGCAGGAUACAUUCAUAGGUACUUGUGUGUAUAUUCGGUUGCAUUUAUGCAAUAAUAUGAAUGGUAAUGUACUACUAUAUGUUAUUAUAAAAGACUGAAUGGAGUUACUAAAAUACUUAAUAGAAAAAAUCAUCAUAAAA